GAGCCCUGUAACCUUGCUGCAGCAAGCCUCCAGCUCGCGGUCUCUCUGUGAGGACCAAGAGAGGAUUGGUGUGGUGAAAUUCUUUGUGAUUUUUUUCAUUUGUGUGUGGAUUUUGUCGAAAGAAGUCAUCAUCUGCGUAGAAGCCACUUUCGAUCUCCUGGCUUCUACCCCCUGCCCUGCUGGCAGGGCAUUGUGCGGCACCCUGUCCAGCCCACCUGGGUGCAGGAGAUCGAGGAGGAGGGUAAAGGAAGGACCAACACUGAGCAUCUGUCAUCUAGCUCCAUCCCAUCUAGAGCAAUUCCAGGAUGGAGCGGCUGAAGCGGAUGCUGAGGAGGAAGGCUGGGCAGGUGGCCACUGAGGAGCCCCCCGCCAGCCCAGACCAGGAGAUGGGCAACUCUGGGACAAACACCAGCAGCUCCACCUACUCCCGAGUGGCCAGCAGCUCCUCCAUGGGGUCUGGCAGCCCAGAGUUUCUAGGCUCCCUCUUUGGAGACACCCCCAGUGCCCAGCUGGAGUGUGAGGAGAUGAAGAGGAGGAGUGGGUUGAAGAGGAGGAGGAGGAGCAGGAUUUGUCCCCUGAGGAAGAUACCAUCAGGGUGAUCCAGCAGCACCUCCAGGGUGGAGCUGAGCUGGUGGCGGACAGGGCCGAACAGCUCCGCUUCCUCCACGCUGUCCCAAGGCUGCGUUUCUCAGCACAGCAGCAGGGGCAGGACACCCUGGAACCCCACUUUUCAAAAGCAGCCCUUGUGGAGAGCAUUGCGGAGCUGAUUGAAAAUCUCCCUGGUCCAUCAGAGCCAAGCUCCAUCAUGCCCAGCUCCAUGGCCGCAGUUUGCAGCCUCAGCAAACUGAAGCCGCUGCUUGCUCUGGAGCUGGAAUCUCGCCUCCUGCAGGCUGUUCUCCACUGGAUCUAUACUAUGGGCACUGGGCAGGACACCACUCACUUCCGGGCUCUGCACAACCGCUAUUCGUGGAGCCUGGACACCAUCCUCAGGGGCUGGCUAACAGAGACCCCCACCUUGGACAAGCUGCAGCACCUCUUGGAGCACAUCCAUCGCUCUCUCCUGUCAAAUAACACCCAGGAGAGAGCCAGGGCCGUACAGACCAGCGCGGCCCUGCUCCAGUUUGCCACCUCCCUGCCUGGAUUUGACGCGACUUUGUGCUGCAGCUGGGUCUCCAUGUAUCUCACCCAGUCAACGACAUCAGCUGGCAAGCCAGGGGUGGGAUCUAUUGGCUGCACAGGUUCCUGCUGCAGAAGGGGGGGCUCAACAUCAGAGAGGCAAGAGAGCUGUGGUGCCGGGACGGGCUCCAGGACACCAAGCGCCUGGGCUACAGAAGAAUGGCCAGGGUGGGAGAGCAGGAGGACAUUACAGCGAAGGUCAUGGCCCAGCUAUUUAACAUCAGGUGCUUGUUCCAGUUGCCCAAAGCACUGCAGGGGCUGUGCCCCGUGGGACAGCCUUGAAGGGCCCCCCCUUCGCGUGACCAGAAGCUCCCACUCCCUGCUGCAGGUGCCCAGGCUCUUUUUGGGAAGAAGAAAUGUGGGACUCUACUACGCCUCUCUUUAGACAAUCAGCUCCUGAACAAAGUGAUAAUAUGACACCAUUACCCCCUGCUGUGAAUCCCACAAUUGUUGGCUCACAGGAAAUCUGCAAAGGUUUUCAUCAAACUUCAUCUGCAAGGAUUUCCAAACUAACACUCAUUUGGGCAAGGGACAAAUGGAAGACAGAUUUCAAAACACACUAUGGACAUUUUAACUGUCUGAUAUGCUAUUUGAGCUAAUUAACGAUCCUCUGACCUUGCAACACUUCAUCGGUGAUGUAUUUGGGGACAGUGUCAUCUAUUCGGGUGACAUACUUCUAUUUUUGGAGAAUCCAGAGCAGCACACGCACCACAUCCAAACCUGGAGAGGUUUCGGCAGCAUGGUCUCAACACAGAAUUGGAAAAGGGGAACCUCCAGCCAAUUCUCCACAGAGUUUCUGGGGUACAUCUUGUCCCCAGAAGGUGUUACAAUUGAUCCAAAUAAGGUGGAAGCCAUUCAUAAAUGGGACGAAGUUUGAAGUCCUCAAGAAGUGCAGCGCUUCCUAGACUUCACUCAUCCUGUGAAAUCGAGAUGUGCUGGCUCUC